UGAGCUUAUGAGCUAAGCUCUGCUCACAAAAGCACCACAUUGAUAGGAAGAGAUAAAUUGAGAAAGAUUCAUAGUUAGAUUUGGUGAGAGAGGGAUCCAUUUGGUUACCUCACCAAGUCUACUUUGAACUCUCUCUUCUCUCUCUCUGUAGAUCUAAAUAAGAAACAUUUUUAACUUGUUUUAGUUUGCUAGAACAGAAAAUGAGAGAAUGCAAGCUUCUUUCUUUUGCCAUUGUUUUGGUUCUGUUUCUUGUUAAUGGCGUUAAUGGUGAAGACCCAUAUAGGCUCUUCACUUGGAAAAUCACUUAUGGUGACAUUUAUCCUCUUGGUGUUAAGCAACAGGGGAUCUUGAUCAAUGGGCAAUUUCCAGGGCCUCAGAUCGAUGCUGUGACAAACGAUAACUUGGUCAUCAGCGUGUUCAACUACCUACGUGAACCAUUCCUCAUUUCUUGGGAUGGUAUACAGCAGAGAAGGAACUCAUGGCAGGAUGGAGUUUAUGGCACAAACUGUCCAAUCCUACCAGGGAAGAACUUCACUUACAAUAUCCAAGUCAAGGAUCAGAUUGGUAGCUUUUUCUACUUCCCGUCCUUUUUGUUCCACAAAGCAGCUGGAGGGUUUGGCGGCAUCAGAAUCUGGAGCCGUCCUAAGAUUCCGGUUCCUUUCCCUAAUCCUGCUGGAGACUUCACUGUAUUAGCUGGUGACUGGUAUAAGACUAAUCAUUAUAUACUGAGACGAAGCUUCUUGGAGUUUGGUCGCAAUCUUCCCUCCCCUGAUGGGCUUCUCAUCAAUGGUCGUGGCUGGAAUGGAUACACAUUUACUGUUGAUCAAGGGAGGACAUAUAGGUUCAGGAUAUCAAAUGUGGGGCUUACAACAUCCAUUAACUUCAGAAUUCAGGGACACAAGUUGAAACUGGUUGAGGUAGAAGGGUCUCAUACACUCCAGAACAUCUAUGACUCCCUUGACAUCCAUCUUGGACAGUCCUAUUCUGUCCUGGUCACAGCUGAUCAGCCUGUCCAGGACUACUACGUCGUUGUCUCUUCGCGCUUCACCCCUCGGGUACUCACCACAACAGCCGUUCUUCACUACAGCAAUUCGCGCAAGGGAGUUUCAGGUCCUCUCCCUUGGGGUCCUAGCACACAGGUUGCUUGGUCCCUCAGCCAGGCAAGAUCUAUCCGCUCGAACUUGACAGCAAGUGGACCAAGGCCUAAUCCCCAAGGCUCCUACCACUACGGAUUGAUCAAGCCGGCCCGGACAAUCAUGCUUGCAAACUCUGCUCCUUAUAUCAAUGGGAAGCAGAGGUUUGCUGUCAAUAGUGUCUCAUAUGUUCAACCAGACACUCCUUUAAAACUUGCUGACUACUUCAAGAUUCCGGGGGUUUUCAGCGUUGGAAGCAUACCUACCAACCCCACAGGGGGAAGCGGCUACCUUCAGACCUCCGUCAUGCACGCGAAUUUCCGAGAGUACGUCGAGAUUGUGUUCCAGAAUUGGGAAGACACCGUGCAGUCAUGGCACAUUGAUGGCUAUUCAUUCUUUGUAAUGGGGAUGGAUGGAGGACAGUGGACACCAGCAAGUAGAGCACGUUACAAUUUGAGAGACACAGUUGCACUUAGCACAACUCAGGUGUAUCCGAGGUCAUGGACUGCAAUAUACGUGGCACUGGACAAUGUGGGAAUGUGGAACGUGAGGUCUGAGAACUGGGCCAGGCAGUAUUUGGGCCAGCAGUUCUAUCUGAGAGUCUACUCUCCUGCAAAUUCAUGGAGAGAUGAAUACCCAAUUCCAAGAAAUGCUCUGCUUUGUGGCAGGGCAAGGGGCCGUCGCACUAGGCCUCUCUGAAAUCUCAUACCAUUCAACUAUUAGAUUCUAUAUAUGCUUCAGUUGGGUCAAUUUUUUUGUCACGAGAGGGUGACAUAGUUUUAUCCUAAGUUUAGGAGCAUCCUUGUAAUUGUAACAAUUCGCGUUUCAUUGGGAGCUCCUCUUGAGCUUCUAGAUUUUUUUUCUUCCAAUAUUGUUAUUGCUAGAUGGGUUAUCCACUUCAAUAACUCCAAGAGAGUAAUCGAGUUUAUCAUCCUAAAUUGAGUUGAUUUAAUAAAGAUAAAUAAUAAUAACAGUUAUUU